AUGCAAGUUAUAAGAGGUGUUCUUUUUAUCCUCCACAUGAGUGCCAUGGGCCAAGCUUACUCCUGCCCUAAUGCCUGUAAUUGCUCAGAAUGGAAGAGUCGUACUAUCUCUUGUAUUGGUAUUGAUAGGAUUCCCAAUUUCCCUGCUGCCACUGAGACACUGUGGCUUUUCGAGACACGUCUAUCAUCUGUGCCUUCAGAUGCUUUUGCCAACGUGGUCAACAUCUCCAGGAUAUAUUUAUCAGUGGACGUGACCCUACGAAGGUUAGAGAGGAACUCAUUUCACGGCCUGAAGAAAAUCACCCAUAUAGAAAUACGAAAUGCGAAGGAUUUGACUUACAUUGACCCAGAAGCAUUUAAGAAUCUCCCAAACCUGAAAUAUCUGGGGAUUUUCAAUACGGGACUUAACAUCUUUCCUGAAUUGGGCAACAUCCACUCAAAUGACAAUUUCAUCCUGGAAAUUGUAGAUCAGCCACACAUUUCUGUCAUCCCACCUGACUCCUUCCGUGGCAUCACCAGUGAUGUACUGACAGUGAUGCUGUAUGGGAAUGGCUUCAGGGAAAUCCAACAUCAUGCAUUCAAUGGGACCAAGCUGGAUCAAGUUGAUCUUUACAGGAAUAAGUAUUUGACCAAGAUGGACGACAGCGCUUUUGACGGUGUCAUCAGCGGGCCAAUGCUUCUAGACAUAUCCCAGACAGGGAUCACGUCCCUGCCCACCAGUGGUAUGGAGUCCCUGAGAGAACUGAAGGCCCAAAAUGUGUGGUCCCUCAAGAAAUUACCACCUAUCAAAACCUUCAAGCACCUCACCAGAGCUAACCUCACCUAUCCCAGCCAUUGCUGUGGCUUCAAAAAUCUAAAAAAGAAAAGAGGCUUUAUGGAGUACAUCAUCUGCAACCUGACAGCGCUCUAUGAACAACACCGCAAGCGUUCGGUGGCACCCUUUCACACGCCCUCCCUUCAAGAUGUGAUAGAAGACAUCCCAGAAGAACCAAACGAUGGUGAUCAAAGGGGUGUCUUCCAUGGCAGCUUGUACUACCAUGCUUACUUUGGGGGCCAUCCAGAUGAGGAUGUGGGAUUUGGAGAGACCCUCAUUAACCCUCAAGAGGACACCAGUCAAGACUUUGAUAAUCGAUAUGAUUAUCUGGUGUGUGAUGAGGGGGAGGAGGUUAUAUGUGCGCCAGUGCCUGAUGAGUUCAACCCAUGUGAGGACAUCAUGGGCUUUGCCUUCCUGAGGGUGUCCGUGUGGUUUGUAAGCCUUCUGGCAAUUUUGGGGAAUGUGGUGGUGCUCCUAGUGCUGCUCACUAGCCACUACAAACUUUCCGUGUCUCGUUUCCUCAUGUGCCACCUGGCCUUCGCCGAUCUCUGUAUGGGGAUUUACCUACUCCUCAUUGCCUCGGUGGACCUACAUACCCGAGCUGAGUACUUUAACCAUGCCAUUGACUGGCAGACGGGCCCCGGCUGCGCCCUUGCUGGGUUUUUCACCGUGUUUGCCAGUGAGCUGUCUGUCUACACAUUGACAGUGAUCACGCUGGAGAGGUGGUACGCCAUCACAUUUGCAAUGCGGUUGGAUCGUAAGCUGCAUCUUCAUCAUGCGGCUGCGGUGAUGCUGGGCGGUUGGAUCUUCUGCCUACUGCUGGCGCUGCUCCCAAAUGUAGGUGUUAGCAGCUACCAGAAGGUCAGUAUCUGUCUCCCAAUGGACAUCCAAACCACUGAGGCUCUGGUCUACGUCAUCUCUGUGCUGGUCCUCAAUGUCAUUGCCUUCCUUGUUAUCUGCGCUUGCUAUGUCAAGAUCUACUGCACUGUGCACAAUCCUCAAUACCGCUCCGGAUCUAAAGAUACCAACAUAGCGAAACGCAUGGCAGUCCUCAUCUUUACCGACUUUCUCUGCAUGGCACCAAUUUCCUUCUAUGCAAUGUCAGCAGUGUUGGACCAGCCUCUCAUCACAGUCUCCAACUCAAAGAUAUUAUUGGUGCUCUUCUACCCGCUCAACUCGUGUGCCAACCCAUUUCUUUACGCUAUCUUCACCAAAGCCUUCAGAGGGGAUGUGUUCAUUCUCCUCAGUAAAAUUGGUUUGUGUCAGCGGCAAGCGCAAUUGUUCAGGGGUCAAACAGUUUCCUCCAAAGGUAGCAGUGGGACAUCACAAGUCCGAAAAGACAAAGGCAAGCUCAGAAAAGUAAGAAUUCCAGGCAAGAAAAAUGCAACUAUUAACCUGAAGAAGUACUCAGAGUGCACAUUCCAUCCGGUGGUCGGCCUGAAGACAGACCUUGAAGAGAACCAGAUCCUGGAGACGUGA